CUGACGUCCCUUCCUCCCUCCCCAGCCCCUCCACCGCCUCCCUCCGCCGCCGCCUGGGCCGGCUCCGCGCCCCCUCCGCGGCCCCCGCCCGCCCGCCUGCCCGCCGCCCUCAUGGCGCCCGGGGUCCCCGCUGCACGGGGCCACUAGGACCCUCGGCGUCCCCUCCCCUCCCCCGCCCUGCCCCCUCUUCCGCGGCGCGGACCCGGGCGUUCUCGGCGCCCAGCUUUUAAGCUCGCGUCCCCAGGCCGGCGGGGGGGGAGGGGAAGAGAGGGGACCCUGGGACCCCCGCCCCCCCCACCCGGCCGCCCCUGCCCCCGGGACCCGGAGAAGAUGUCUUCGCGGACGGUGCUGGCCCCGGGCAACGAUCGGAACUCGGACACGCAUGGCACCUUGGGCAGUGGCCGCUCCUCGGACAAAGGCCCAUCCUGGUCCAGCCGCUCACUGGGUGCCCGUUGCCGGAACUCCAUCGCCUCUUGUCCUGAGGAGCAGCCCCACGUGGGCAACUACCGCCUGCUGAGGACCAUUGGGAAGGGCAACUUUGCCAAAGUCAAGCUGGCUCGGCACAUCCUCACUGGUCGGGAGGUUGCCAUCAAGAUCAUCGACAAAACCCAGCUGAAUCCCAGCAGCCUGCAGAAGCUGUUCCGAGAAGUCCGCAUCAUGAAGGGCCUAAACCACCCCAACAUCGUGAAGCUCUUUGAGGUGAUUGAGACUGAGAAGACGCUGUACCUGGUGAUGGAGUAUGCAAGUGCUGGAGAAGUGUUUGACUACCUCGUGUCGCAUGGCCGCAUGAAGGAGAAGGAAGCUCGAGCCAAGUUCCGACAGAUUGUUUCGGCUGUGCACUAUUGUCACCAGAAAAAUAUUGUACACAGGGACCUGAAGGCUGAGAACCUCUUGCUGGAUGCCGAGGCCAACAUCAAGAUUGCUGACUUUGGCUUCAGCAACGAGUUCACGCUGGGCUCGAAGCUGGACACGUUCUGCGGGAGCCCCCCAUACGCCGCCCCGGAGCUGUUUCAGGGCAAGAAGUACGACGGGCCGGAGGUGGACAUCUGGAGCCUGGGAGUCAUCCUGUACACCCUCGUCAGCGGCUCCCUGCCCUUCGACGGGCACAACCUCAAGGAGCUGCGGGAGCGAGUCCUCAGAGGGAAGUACCGGGUCCCUUUCUACAUGUCAACAGACUGUGAGAGCAUCCUGCGGAGAUUUUUGGUGCUGAACCCAGCUAAACGCUGUACUCUUGAGCAAAUCAUGAAAGACAAAUGGAUCAACAUCGGCUAUGAGGGUGAGGAGUUGAAGCCAUACACAGAGCCCGAGGAGGACUUCGGGGACACCAAGAGAAUCGAGGUGAUGGUGGGUAUGGGCUACACACGGGAAGAAAUCAAAGAGGCCUUGACCAGCCAGAAGUACAACGAAGUGACCGCCACCUACCUCCUGCUGGGCAGGAAGACUGAGGAGGGUGGGGACCGGGGCGCCCCAGGGCUGGCCCUGGCACGGGUGCGGGCGCCCAGCGACACCACCAAUGGAACAAGUUCCAGCAAAGGCACCAGCCACAGCAAAGGGCAGCGGAGUUCUUCCACCUACCACCGCCAGCGCAGGCAUAGCGAUUUCUGUGGCCCAUCCCCUGCACCCCUGCACCCCAAACGCAGCCCGACGAGCACGGGGGAGGCGGAGCUGAAGGAGGAGCGGCUGCCAGGCCGGAAGGCGAGCUGCAGCGCCGCGGGGAGCGGGAGUCGAGGGCUGCCCCCCUCCAGCCCCAUGGUCAGCAGCGCCCACAACCCCAACAAGGCAGAGAUCCCAGAGCGGCGGAAGGACAGCACAAGCACCCCUAACAACCUCCCUCCCAGCAUGAUGACCCGCAGAAACACCUACGUUUGCACAGAACGCCCGGGGGCUGAGCGCCCGUCACUGCUGCCAAAUGGGAAAGAAAACAGCUCAGGCACCCCACGGGUGCCCCCUGCCUCCCCCUCCAGUCACAGCCUGGCACCCCCAUCAGGGGAGCGGAGCCGCCUGGCACGCGGUUCCACCAUCCGCAGCACCUUCCACGGUGGCCAGGUCCGGGACCGGCGGGCAGGGGGUGGGGGUGGUGGGGGUGUGCAGAAUGGGCCCCCUGCCUCUCCCACACUGGCCCAUGAGGCUGCACCCCUGCCCGCCGGGCGGCCCCGCCCCACCACCAACCUCUUCACCAAGCUGACCUCCAAACUGACCCGAAGGGUUACCCUCGAUCCCUCUAAACGGCAGAACUCUAACCGCUGUGUUUCAGGCGCCUCUCUGCCCCAGGGAUCCAAGAUCAGGUCGCAGACGAACCUGAGAGAAUCGGGGGACCUGAGGUCACAAGUUGCCAUCUACCUUGGGAUCAAACGGAAACCGCCCCCCGGCUGCUCCGAUUCCCCUGGAGUGUGAAGCUGACCAGCUCGCGCCCUCCCGAGGCCCUGAUGGCAGCUCUGCGCCAGGCCACAGCAGCCGCCCGCUGCCGCUGCCGCCAGCCACAGCCGUUCCUGCUGGCCUGCCUGCACGGGGGUGCGGGCGGGCCCGAGCCCCUGUCCCACUUCGAAGUGGAGGUCUGCCAGCUGCCCCGGCCAGGCUUGCGGGGAGUUCUCUUCCGCCGUGUGGCGGGCACCGCCCUGGCCUUCCGCACCCUCGUCACCCGCAUCUCCAACGACCUCGAGCUCUGAGCCACCACGGUCCCAGGGCCCUUCCUCUUCCUCUCCCUUGUCCCCUUCACUUCUACAGGAGAGGAAGGGGCCAGGGAGGGAUUCUCCCUUUAUCAUCACCUCAGUUUCCCUGAAUUAUAUUUGGGGGCAAAGAUUGUCCCCUCUGCUGUUCUCUGGGGCCGCUCAGCACAGAAGAAGGAUGAGGGGGCUCGGCGGAGGGAGCUGGCACCUUCCUGGAGCCUCCAGCCAGUCCUGUCCUCCCUCGCCCUACCAAGGGGGCACCUGAGGAGACUUUGGGGACAGGGCAGGGGCAGGGAGGGAAACUGAGGAAAUCUUCCAUUUCUCCCAACAGCUCAAAAUUAGGCCUUGGGGCAGGGGUGGGGAGAGCUGCUGAGCCUAAAGACUGGAGAAUCUGGGGGACUGGGAGUGGGGGUCAGAGAGGCAGAUUCCUUCCCCUCCCCUCCCCUCACGCUCAAACCCCCCCUUCCUGCCCCAGGCUGGCGCGGGGCACUUUGUACAAAUCCUUGUAAAUACCCCACACCCUCACCUCUGCAAAGGUCUCUUGAGGAGCUGCCGCUGUCACCUACGGUUUUUAAGUUAUUACACCCCGACCCUCCUCCUGUCCCCUCACCUGCAGCCUGUUGCCCAAUAAAUUUAGGAGAGUCCCCCCUCCCCAGUGCUGACCCUAGGAUUUUCCUUCCCUGCCCUCACCUGCAAGUGAGUUAAAGAAGAGGCGUGGGAAUCCAGGCAGUGGUUUUUCCUUUCGGAGCCUCAGUUUUCUCAUCUGCAGAAUGGGAGCAGUGGGGGUGGGAAGCUAAGGAUGGUCGUGGAAGAAGGCAGGAUGGAACUCGGCCUCAUCCCCGAGACCCCAGUUCAUAUAUCGGGCCCCCCAUUCAUCCACUCACACUCCCAGCCACCAUGUUACACUGGACUCUAAGCCACUUCUUACUCCAGUAGUAAAUUUAUUCAAUAAACAAUCAUUGACCCAUGCCUACUCCA